UCCAAUGGAUCCAGUGGUGGCCCUGGUUCUUGGUGUCUCCUGUCUGCUUCUCCUCUCAGUCUGGAGACACAGAUCAAGGAGGGGGAAGCUCCCUCCUGGGCCCACUCCUCUCCCAAUUAUUGGAAAUAUCCUGCAGAUAGAUGUUAAGGACAUCAGGAAAUCCUUAAGGCAUGUAAGUAUGCUUUGUGCUCCUUCAGUGGCUUGUGAAGGCUCACCCUGUGAUCCCACCUUCAUCCUGGGCUGCGCUCCUUGCAAUGUGAUCUGCUCCAUUAUUUUCAAGAACCGGUUUGACUACCAAGAUCCAGAUUUUCUCACCUUGGUGAAAAAGUUAAAUGAAAACGUCAGGAUUAUGAGCUCUGCAUGGGCAAAAGGCACAGCCAUAUGGACCUCACUGACAUCAGUGCUCCAUGACAACAAAGAAUUCCCCCACCCAGAGAUAUUCGACCCUGGGCACUUUCUGGAUGAGCAUGGCAACUUGAAGAAAAGUGACUACUUCAUGCCUUUCUCAUCAGGAAAACGGAUGUGUGUGGGAGAGAGCCUGGCCCGCAUGGAGCUGUUUUUAUUUCUGACUACCAUUUUACAGCACUUUCAUCUGAAAUCUCAGGUUGACCCAAAGGAACUCAAUAACACCCCAAUAGCCAAUGGAUUAACCUCUCUUCCUCCCCUAUACAAGCUCUGCUUCAUUCCUGUGUGAAACAGAGCAGACCAUGUGGCUGCUGCUGUGCUCUUGUCUGCAGUCCCUUCCCCCAGGGCAUCGUCCACAUCCUUUCCCCAUCUGUGAUGCAUUCUUGACCUCUCCUCUGCAUCUCCUCAUUCUAGAGAGUAAGGGAGCACACAUCUUGCUUUAUAGAGUUUUUUUUCUUUCUGGUCAUUGUACAGAUAUACCCGUUCUUUCCUGUGUUCUAUAAUACUUUUAUUGAUCACCCCAAGUAAUAACAUGGAUCUAAUGCUGAGUUAUUGAUACAUUAUCAGUGUAAAACAUCAUGGUCAUUUAGAAUAUGAUCUGUCAGAACUAUCUAUCCCAUGCAUGUUCUUAAUAAAAUACAUAAUU